GCCAGACCAGACAGCAGACGAGAGUGGACUCUGGUCAGCUGCAGUGCAAGACUGUCAGUCAGUAGUAUGUGGAAACUGCUGGUCAUCGCUGUUGUUUGUGUGCAGCUGUGCUGUGCACAAUACCCAAGAUACCUUCGUUUCCCGGUUGGCAGAGGUGACGACACCAAAUGCCACGACAACCAGGUUGACAAGAAGUACAACAUUGGUGAUGUCUGGAGCUCCCCAUUCUCUGGCUGUAAACAAAGUCACUGUGUCAAGGACAACGGCGUCCUUUACAUUGACAGAUACCAGUGUCCGUCGGUGAGAAAGCAGGUGGACUUCAAGAAGCUGAAGGCCAACAAUCUGUUCUGCCGCGAGGCUCGGGGAGACAGGAGGAAGGCGUUUCCCGACUGUUGUGCCCGCCUUGUCUGUAAACACUACGUGGACGGGAAGCUUGUGCCGCUGCCGGCGCACAAAUAUCCCCUGCUCUGAUCGGGCUCAGAUGAGACUGGGAUGGCAAUUAUA